AUGACGACCAACGCACCCUCAGGUCCAGCGACCGUUUCCCACCGCCAAUUGCCCUCUGCCACGCUCAUCCCCAUCGAUUUGACAGUUGAACAAGAGCGACAGAUCCUCUACGACCAACGCAUCAUCUGCGGAUGGAACCACGAUAAGAUCCCCAAGUGGGCAGCCGCCAUUGUGGCCGGCACUCGAAGCUUCUUCUGGAUCUGCCUCGCUCCCGACGCCGAACGCAACAUCCCUACCUUUACGCGCGACGACAAGACGUAUAUGCCUGUCGGUCACGUAUCUUUGGACAAAGUGGAUAUCACCGAGCCAGAUGCUGUACCGGAUACAACACUUGCUGACCCUGAAAAGGGCGUGCUUACCAUAACAAGUCUGUUUGUCCUGCCUGUCUUCCACAGAUCUGGUCUAGGUGCUUUUGCUAUGGACGAGUGCGAACGUCUUGCUCGGAUCCCACCUUAUGGUGCCGAAAAUAUCACUGCUAUCACGGUCAACACUUUGAGUCCGCGCUACUGCGAGGGUGGUGUUGAAGGUCCUGAUGGUUUGGGUCAAUGGGAGAGAGAAGCAGGAGUACAGGGGCAGAGGCCAGUUCCUAAGAACAACAUGCUCUGGUACAAGAAGAAGGGCUACGUGCCAUACAAGGAGGCUCCGAGGUAUACAAGCUUGGGCAAGCAAGGGGAGACCUUGUGGUGGUAUGCUUGUUUCAUGAGAAAAGAGCUGCAGUAA